UAAUCUGUCUUGUUGCCUGGAGAUAAGUAAAAUGGAGUCGGAAAUCGCUUUUAAAGGUCUACCCUGUCAGCCAUGUUGGCUCAACACGAACUGUCGUAUGAUGUUUAGAGUCUUGUGAUACAGGCCUACCUUGAUCCAAAAUGUCGUCAGCUGCGUCCUAACCCGAGAUAAGGACGUAACAUACUUUACCCCGCGCCUGAUAUCUGUGACGCUAUUGCGGCGGACCUUCAGAGCUCGAGCUCGUAACGGCAGCGGCGGGGAGAGAAGUCAUCACUUCUCCUGCUGCUAUUUAGCACACUGCGUAGGGUUACAGCAGGUUGAGCCUGGAACCAGCUGUCCUCCAAGAUGAACCCUUAUGAGUGAAAGUAGCCUAUUCAGUAAGCUGCUAGCUUCCAGUGGUCAAAGCCAUGCCUGAAGAUUAGAGCCACCUUUUGCUUACAGCAAUACGAAUAUACAGAGGAUUCUACAUGACUCUUCAUGUAGACCUUCCUGUGUUUGUCCUGCUGGAUUGAGUCCUUCCUCUCCUACUAUAAUAUCAGCUCUCUCCCAUUCAUACCACUCCCUCUCGCACUUUCAUGUCCACCUGGGAACAUGUAUCUGCAUUUGAGAAUGGCUCCAACCUAGUCUCAUGCGUCCAAUGAGUGGAGAGUCAGACGGCCCUGCUCCUGAAAGAGUCUCGCGGGCCUUCCCUUUGUCAGGCCCUGUGUCGUCCUCCGAGAUGUCCUCACUGCAGUCACUAGGGCCAGUGCAGAGCUGGCUGGGUCAGGAGCUGGAGAAAUGUGGCAUAGAUGCAAUGAUCUACACCCGUUAUGUUCUUAGCCUGCUUCUGCACGACAGCUAUGACUAUGAUCUGCAGGACCAGGAAAAUGACAUCUUCCUGGGCUGGGAGAAGGGAACAGGGAAGAAAUGGGGGAAGAGCAAGAGGAAGGGAGGGACUGACCUUACUCUUGAAGAGAUGAAGAAACAAGCUGCUGUGCAAUGUUUGCGUUCAGCAUCUGAUGAAAAUUCUGGAAUUGAAAGCUUGGUCGAGGAGCUAUGCUCUAAACUCAAGGAUAUUCAAAACAAACAGAAAGAAAAAGAAAAGCAAGGAAAUAAAAAAUCUGAUGUAUCUCAGUCUCCUGAACCAGAUGAAUCAUUUUCUUCUAAGGACCAGGUUGAGAUGUACUAUGAAGCUUUUCCACCUCUCUCAGAAAAAUCUGUUUGUCUCCAAGAAAUUAUGACUGUGUGGAACAAAGCUAAAGCCUGCACAUAUUCCAGCGCAUCAUCAUCUGCUGUCCCUCAAACAAGCACAGACACAUCCUCUCCAAAAGACUGCACCAGCGAAGGUGAAGCUUUUAAAGACCGAACAGUUGAUGCACCCAGUUCCAACACCACAAUCAGUGAGAGGGCCCAGCAGCGACGCACAAAGAGGGAGAAGGAAAACCGAUUCCAUGGAAGCGCAACAGGAGUGUGUGACGAUCAGGUUGCUCCUCAUAGUAAAAGACAGGCGAGACACCGGUCUGAGGGGAGGUUUCGUCCCAGAUCGUGGUCCUCUGGCUCUAGUGAGGCUGGCUCAAGCUCCAGUGGUAACCAGGGUGACCAGACCCCUAGUUGCAAAUCAGUGCGCAUAAGACACAAGUCUAGAGAGGUCAGCAGCAGAAAGAAAAGAGGCCACAGUGGUGGCGGACAGGUAAAACUGGCCCUAAAAGUCAUCGACAAAGAAGAGCGGAAAAAUGCACGUGGCAACAUCAGUACCACUGGAGGCCCACCUAAGCAACAGCAGCACUACAUGAAAAAAGGCAAAAGACCUCUGAGGGAGAUCCGCAAAGAUGCUAAUCUGGCUGAGGCACAGGAGUCAGGAGGAGAGGCCAAUAAAAAGGAAUAUAUGGAAGAGCCACUUUGGUAUACAGAGCCCAUCUCGGAGUACUUUGUCCCUCUCAGUAGAAGUAAAUUGGAGACAAAGUAUCGGAGUAAAGACGACUCUUCCAGUGAUUUAGCUAUGUCCAUUGAUGUUGACUGUCUGUCGGAGAGAAUUCAAGGGAUCUGCAUUGCUAAUUCUUGUUUUCAAAGGGCAUACCUUGCAGCAGGCACUUUUGUGGAUGGUCACUUCAUUGAAGUGCCUGGUGAAAGUGACGAAGAGGAUCCUGAACUGAAUGGGAUUCCAAGCUGCCCUCCUCCUGAAGAUGGUCAAAAUUUAGAUGACGAGCAUCUGUCUGAAUUCACUCACUUCUAUGAAGUUGAUUUUUACCAAUCCAUAUUGGAUCCUAGUGCCUCAGAUGCGGUACCAGAAAGCCGAAUCCUGAACAUGAUUCGGCAGAAGAGCAUUGAGCGAAAACACUUUGAAGCAGGAUGUGUAGUUUUAGAUGGCCUUGAGCUGCAAGGGGAAAGUGCAAUAAGGGUUGAUUCUCUGGGAGCCUCAGAAGCAGAUGUUUCUAUCACACAAGAUAUGGAAAAUAUUGCCCAAGUCUGGGAGUGCUGUUCAUCAUCUAGCUUGGAAGAUUUGGAAGGAGAAAGCUGUCCGGGUGACUCUCCAGUCAGGCUCUCCCCAGUGUUGGACAGUGUUCCUUUUAACUUUAGCAAACUGUCUGGAGCUUUUGUAGGGCAUCAUCUCCAAGAGGCCAGCAGUAGCAUCUCUGCCCUAAACUCCUGUUUUCCGCUUUUUGAGUUGCAGUGCGAUAGCCCUACCUUUUCUUUUCCCUGCGACUCUCUUGUGGAGGGUCAGGACAAUGUAGAUUCAAGUAGCUGUUUAGAUCCACAAGGAAACAAACAAUCCCGUUUGCUAAUUUGGACCAAAAACAGUGCCUUUGAAGAAACGGAACACUGCUCUAACUUAUCAACAAGGACCUGCAGUCCCUGGUCCCACUCAGAGGAGACACGGUCAGAUAGUGAACAGAUCAAUGCUCUAGCAGAUGAGUCUGCUCCGUUUGGCAAUGAAGAGGUCAGCUGUGUCUCCCUUAUCCCACCUUUAUGCCUAGAAGAAGAGCUUUUAGAUUUCUUUCAAGAGAACUCCAGUCACCAGCAGGAAGAAACGAGUGUAGGCACAGAGUCCAACCAGCCCUUCAAUAAGAAAUCGAAAUUGGAGUCUGUUUGUGGCAUAGCAUUAGAGCAGGAUGAGAGUAAACUCUAUAAUGCUUUUGUGUUUUCAGAUGUCCCAAAUCAACAAAGUGAUGAAUACACCUCAGGGAUAAUUAAAGACAUUUGGAUGGCUAUUGGAGACCGAGACUGUGUCUUAACACUCGGGGUAAAGAAUACAGGGGAGCACUUGUUUUCAGAUUCUACCAGCUACCAUUGCAGCUGUCUUGACAAGGAUGUAAAAGGUGAAAUUAUUCAAAAGAAAGCUGUGCAGUGUUCGGAGUAUCAUCUUUGGGAUGGGCAGAAAGAGGACAAGGGACUUCCUAAAACCAAGCUCUCUAAAAUGAAUGAUGGGGAUUACACGACACCGGCCAAGCCUUGGAAUUGUAAUUCACAGGACAGCACCUCCUUUAUCCUCGGUGGGGUUUAUGGAGAACUGAAGACUCUAAGUGGCAACAGAGAAUGGGCUAUGAUUCCACCUGGUGAUGCUUGUG